AUGGCAGGGACACUGCGGCUAUACUACGCACUUGUAUUCCUUCUGGUGGGAUUGCAAGGAGAGCUGAAUGACCCAGCGCAACAAGGAAGCCAAAGGAAGAUUAGCAAUGACCAGCCUUCCAUGGUGUCAGAUAAUGGUCACCUUGUCUUCACAACUGGUGACAAUAAAGAAAUCCGUUUCCAGACCUCAACAUCAGGCCGGGUUAUAGUGGGAAAUGAAGACCUCACCCAACUUUUGAGUCAAAUUAAAACCAACAAAGAUGACAUUGACGACAUCAAAUCUCACGGAGGAGCCAUCCCUCCUGAUAUCACCAACAAGCUAAACCAGCUUGAUACCAAGGUUUCAACACUUGAGAAUAAAGUGGUUACACUUGAAGAGACAGUCCAGAGGGUGUCUUGCAGCAGUAAUCCCUGUCAGAAUGGAGGAACAUGUCUCAACUUAUUAAACUCAUAUCACUGUAUAUGUCCUGGCAACUGGGCGGGUCCUAACUGUGCAACAGAUGUAAAUGAAUGUCAGGUCUAUUCAGGAACGUCACAAGGCUGUCAGAAUGGGGCAACCUGUGUCAACACUGCUGGAUCAUUCACUUGCAGCUGUUCUCCAGAAUGGCAUGGGACUCUCUGUAUGAUGCGUUAUGACGACUGCAGGAACGCAGGCAGUGACUUGUGUGUACAUGGCUUAUGCAUUGAUGCAGAUCGAGUCAUAGCUGGACAGCCUAAAUACCAGUGCAUUUGUGAGAGUGGGUGGGAAGCUCCAGCUGGGAACCCAGCGUGUGUGGCUGAUGUUGAUGAAUGUAACCUUCCCAACAAGCCUUGUUCAACCAACCCAGCUGUUCCUUGCUACAACACCCAGGGAUCCUUCUAUUGUGGAGCCUGUCCCUCUGGCUGGCAAGGAAAUGGUUAUAGCUGUCAGGAUGUGGAUGAAUGUUUGACCAAUAAUGGCGGUUGCUCCACUACUCCAAUGGUUCAGUGCUUGAACACUAUGGGCUCUUUUCACUGCGGUCCCUGUCCUCCAGGCUAUGAAGGAGAUGGGAAAACAUGCACACAGUCUAACAUCUGUGAUACUAACAAUGGAGGCUGUUACCCAUUAGCCACCUGCAGCUCCAGCCCUGGAUCCAGUCUCCCGGUCUGUACCUGCCCACCAGGCUACAUAGGCAAUGGAUAUGGACCAACUGGUUGUACCCAAACCAGCAACAUCUGUGAGACCAACAACCCCUGUGUCAAUGGGCAGUGUGUGGACAUCACCUCAAAUCCUGGCUACAUCUGCAACUGCAACUCUGGCUGGGAAGGCGUGAACUGUGACCAGAAUAUCAAUGAAUGCUCAAGCAAUCCCUGUCAGAAUGGAGGAACGUGUACCGAUGGCAUUAAUGGUUUUACGUGUACUUGUACCACCCAAUGGACUGGCGAGUUCUGUCAGACUCCUCAGCAAGUAUGUGGAGGGUACCUGACUGGCCCUGCUGGUUCCUUCAGUUAUCCUAACACCCCAGGUCAUGAUGAAUAUGAUCACGAGGUCAGCUGUGCAUGGGUGAUCCACACUGAUGCAAACAAGAUCCUGCGCAUUACCUUUCCAUUCUUUGAUCUGGAGAACAGUGCCAACUGCAACUUUGACUUCCUUCAGGUUCACGACGGGGAGAGUGCUUCAGCUUACAUGAUCGGAAAAUACUGUGGCCAAAAUAGCCCUGCAGAGCUCUUCAGCUCCCAUAAUUCUCUGUACUUUUGGUUUCGCUCUGACCACUCUGUCAGUGCCGGUGGCUUCACAGUUGCUUGGCAGUCUCAGGACCCAGUGUGUGGAGAGGAACUAACUGCCCCCUAUGGCAACAUUAAUUCACCUGGUUAUCCUGGAAACUACCCACCUAGUCGGGACUGCUACUGGACAGUAACAGUGGACCCCGGCCUUCUCAUUACUUUUGCAUUCGGGACUCUAAGUCUUGAACAUCAUCCUAACUGCGACUUUGACUUUCUAGAGAUUCGGGAUGGCCUUCUAUCCGAAGAUCCAGUUUUAGGAAAGUACUGUAGUACUGCAUCUCCACCCCCCAUACAGACCACUGGCCCAGCAGCAUGGAUUCACUUCCACUCUGACUUCUCUGUCUCUGACCGAGGUUUCCACAUUACAUACACAACAUCACCAAGUGACCCUGGUUGCGGUGGAACAUUCACUGACAGUGAGGGGGUCAUUAUUUCCCCCAACUGGCCCAACAACUAUAACCACAACCGCCAGUGUAUCUAUUUGAUCAGGUUGCCAGAAGGUGGGCAGGUGGCCCUCAACUUCACUGACAUGGAUCUUGAGAGUCACAGUGGCUGUGCUUUUGACUACGUGGAGGUCCGUGAUGGGAGAACAGAGACUGAUCCUCUAAUAGGGAAGUACUGUGGAAACACCCUGCCAGCUCCUGUUCUCUCAUCCUCAAACGUCCUGUGGAUUCGCUUCAAGUCUGACAGCUCAGUCAGUCGAGCUGGAUUUAGGGCUGUCUAUACUGUUGCUUGUGGAGGUACUUUAUCUGGGAGUGGGCAGUUUCACUCUCCCUACCACCCCAAUGCAUAUCCCCAUAAUAAGGUCUGUGAAUGGGUGAUUAACCAGCCAGAGGGUUAUGUGGUCACCCUUGACUUCCUGUCAUUUGACGUUGAGGGAGGCUCCUGUCGAUAUGAUUAUGUUGAGGUGAGGGAUGGAGCCACGUCAAGCUCUCCUCUGCUGGGGACAUUUUGUGGUGCUGAGAUUCCCCCCAGGCUUCAGUCUACUCAGCGAUCUAUGUACAUCAAAUUCACUACCGACUCCUCUGUCACCAACCACGGCUUUGAAGCAGCCUAUGACUCUGCCAUAGAGGGCUGUGGUGACACCUUGACCAGUCCUUCUGGCACCAUUACAAGCCCUGGUCAUCCCAGCAGCUACCCCCAUGGUGCCAAUUGUACCUGGUACAUCAGUGUUAGCCCAGGCAACCUGAUUCGGCUGACAUUUGAGUCAUUCAACAUAGAGUACCAUACUAAUUGUAACUUUGAUUAUCUGGAAGUCUACGACAACGGCACAGUGCAAACCGGAAACAAGAUUGGAAGGUACUGUGGUCGCUCAGUGCCUCCAUCCAUCACGAGUACUGACAACCAGCUGACCCUGCUAUUUGUGUCUGACUCAAGUUUAAACACAGAAGGAUUCUCUGCUAGCUAUAUCUCCAUCAAUGCCAGCACAGACUGUGGCCAGACUUUUACCACCCCUACUGGGUCUUUCAGUUCACCCAACUACCCACAAUAUUACCCCAACAGCAGAGACUGCAUCUUCAAGAUAAUUGUGGACGUCAAUAUGCAGAUUAUGCUGAACUUCACUGAUUUUGAGUUGGAGGGGCCCCAUCCUUCUUGCAGCUUUGAUUUUGUGGAGAUCAGGGACGGUGGCUUUGAGACAUCUCCCUUGAUUGGUAAGUUCUGUGCCAAUCAGCGGCCUCCAGUUCUGAUGUCGCACAGCAACCGUUUGUGGGUUCGAUUCAAAUCUGACACCUCAGUCACUCGUCCCGGAUUCAUGGCUCACUGGGACGGAACACAAACUGGCUGUGGAGGGACGUUGACAACUGCAUCUGGAGCAUUCUCCUCUCCUAACUACCCGCUACCCUACCACCCAAAUGCUGAGUGCUACUGGAACAUUAGGACCAACCAGGGCAACAAACUCCUGCUCUCUUUCUCUGAUUUCCAUCUGGAAUCUAAUGCUAACUGUUAUUAUGAUUAUGUGGCUGUACAUGAUGGCAACAGCAGCAGUGCUCCACAACUGGCCAAGCUGUGUGGCAGUGACCUGCCAAGUACCAUCAACUCUUCCAGCAAUGAGCUCUACGUCAAACUCCGCACAGACAGCAGCGUCAAUGCAGGAGGCUUCCUUGCCUCCUACACUUCUCAAUGCAAUAGUAUUUUGAUCUCUGGCAAACACAGAGGAGUGAUCGAGUCACUGAACUUUCCCAACAACUAUCCUGACAAUAGCCAGUGUAGCUGGACAAUCCAAGCCAGCGGUGGAAAUACCGUCAACUACACCUUUACAGCCUUCCAGCUAGAGGCCACCUCUGCUGCUUGUACAUUUGAUUACAUUAAGCUCUAUGAUGGGCCCAACCAAGAAGCGCCUCUGAUUGGCACAUUCUGUGGAUACACUCCUCCCCCGGCCGGCAGCACUACAAGCUCAGCCCUCAACAUUGUGUUCAGAACUGAUUCAACUGUUUCGACAUCAGGCUUCCAGAUGAUGUGGUACCAAAAUGGUUGUGGUGGGGAUCUCUCUGGUCCCAGUGGCUCCUUCAGCAGCCCAGGCUACCCUAACAGAUAUCCAGAUAACAGAGAAUGUAUAUGGUAUAUCACCACAUCAGCUGGCAGCAGUAUAACUAUCACCAUCCAUGAAUUUGAUGUUGAGUACCACCAAGACUGCAACUAUGAUGUGCUGGAGGUUUAUGGAGGGCCAGACUUGUCAGCCCCACAGCUGGCUAAGCUAUGCAGCACUACAUCCACCCCAAUGCACGUCUCCAGCACUGGCAACCUUCUCACUGUGCGCUUCAAAUCUGAUGCCUAUGUCAGUGGUCGAGGAUUCAAUGCAAGCUGGACUGAAGUCCAGGGAGGCUGUGGAGGCCCAGUCACAGCUCCUUCAGGGGAAAUCCAUUCUCCUUUGUAUCCCAACAGCUAUCCAAACAAUGUGGAUUGUUCCUGGGUCAUCAGCGUGGAUCCCAACCACCGUGUCUUUCUGAACUUUACAGACCUGGACAUUGAAUAUCACAGCAGCUGUGACUUUGACUAUGUGGCUAUCCAUGAUGGUCCAACCUCAUCUUCUCCUCUGCUUGGUCGUGUGUGUGGUUCCAGUGUUCCUCCCUUCACUUCCACCCAGAACACAAUUUAUGUUCGCUUUAGGUCAGACUCCAGUGGCAGCCACCGUGGGUUCAGCGCUCGCUUCUCUGAGGCUUGUGGUGCAACGAUUGUAACAGAUGAUAAUGGUGGGGCCAUUGCAUCACCAAGGUAUCCAGCACAAUACCCACCUAAUCAGAACUGUAGUUGGAUCAUUAGAGCACAGGAACCAUUAAACCACGUGACCCUUUCAUUCACUGACUUUGACUUAGAGAUGAUCUUCGCCAAUUGUUCUCAUGAUUUCUUGGAGCUCUUAGACGGAGACAAUUACAAUUCACCUACUAUAGGGCGCUACUGUGGAUCUGAAAUACCUCACCCAGUGACAUCCUUCAGCAACUCUUUGGUAGUCAAAUUCAUCUCUGACCAGUCCUACUCCAGAAAGGGUUUCAGAGCUACCUACUCGGGCUCCACUUCUAGUUGUGGAGGAGAUCUUGUGAUGGAAACUGGUGCAUUUAACAGUCCUAACUAUCCAGAUGCUUAUCCACCUAAUGUGGAAUGUGUGUGGACCAUCCGCAGUUCACCAGGAAACCGCAUCCAGCUCUCGUUUAUUACAUUUCAGCUCCAAGGAGACACUGAUUGUCAAAAUGACUACCUGGAAAUCAGAGAAGGCAACGCCACUGGGCCUCUAGUCGAUCGCUUCUGUGGAAACUCGCUUCCUUCCAACUACACCUCUGUCAUUGCUCAUAUCAUGUGGGUCAAGUUCGUCUCAGACGCUUCAGUUAGCGGAGCAGGAUUCAGAGCCAUCUUCUCACACUUGUAUGGUGUUGAGGUGACUGGGGAAUCUGGUCAGAUAGCAUCCCCACUGUAUCCCAGGACAUACCCCAAUAACGCUGACUACCACUGGACUAUAACUGUAGAUGGAGACAGCUACAUCCAGAUCCGCUUCUUGGACAUGGACAUCGAGGAUCUUUAUGACUGCUACUAUGACCACCUGAAAAUAUUUGAUGGUCCCAGUAUUCAUUACUACCCUAUUGGGACAUUCUGUGGUUUGAAUCUGCCCCCUCCUGUAAGAAGUCUGGGAAGCACUGUCACUCUGCAGUUCAAGUCAGAUGCAGUGUUGGGAGGAAAAGGUUUCCUUUUAGAAUGGACUGCUAUUCAGAACUCUGGACCACCACCCACCAUCACACCAGGUGCAUGCGGUGGAAUACUAAUGACAGGAGAGACUCCUGGCUUCCUCUAUUCUCCUGGCUGGCCAGAAAACUACCCUCCUAAUCAGGAGUGUACCUGGUUAAUACGUUCUCCAGACUCAACUGUAGAGCUUACUAUCUUGUCUUUAGACAUAGAGGACAGCCAUACCUGCUACUUUGAUAGCGUUGUUGUCAGAGAUGGUGCAACCAGUCAGUCCCCUGUGCUGGCCAAUGUGUGUGGUCGGGAUCAUCCAGGAUCUCUUCACUCAACAGGAGACUCCAUGUAUAUCCAUUUCUCCUCAGACGGCAGCAUCAGUGGCCAAGGCUUUAAUGCCUCCUACUCAAAAGGUUGUGGUGGACUCCUGCAUGUUGACAGAGGUGUAAUGAGCAGUCCCAAUUACCCACAGAAUUACCGGCCAGGUUUGGAUUGCAGCUGGCACGUGAUGGUGACACCUGGCUUUAGAAUUUCUGUCACCUUCCAAACCCCCUUUCAGAUCCAAGGCUAUGGAACUGGAUGCAGUACAGGGGAUUACCUGGAGCUCAGGAAUGGUCCAGAUGGCUCUUCUCCAUUACUUGGAGGACGGCUGUGUGGUUCAAGCGCCCCAUCUGUCCUCCAGACAACUGACAACCACCUCUUUAUUCACUUUGUGUCCGAUGCCAGUAAUGAGGCCUCCGGCUUUAAGCUGGUAUUCGAAGCCCACAGUCAAGGUUGUGGAGGUUUCAUUGAGCUGAAUGAUAAUGAUCCUCCAGGGUACAUUACUUCACCGAACUAUCCACAGAAUUACCCCCAGAACAUUGACUGUAUCUGGGUAAUUACUGUGCCCAAUGGGGAAGCUGUCCAGAUUGACUUUGAGGAUCAGUUCUACAUUGAACCCACUUCCAGCUGUAUGUACGACUACUUGGAGCUGCGUGAUGGCUCAACAUCCAACAAUAACAUCAUUUCCCGUCUUUGUGGCAACACCCGACCAUCUACUCAGCAUUCGACAGGUUCCUCCAUGUGGCUUAGGUUUCGUACUGACGCCAGCAUCACGCACCAAGGAUUCAAAGCAAAAUACUCCAUAGCAACAUGUGGAGGUACCUACAUAGGUCAGAGGGGUGUGAUCUACAGUCCAGGCUUCCCAGGCUCCAACUAUCCUGAUAGCUCCAGUUGUGAGUGGUACCUGGAGGGACCCACAGGACACUACCUCACUCUUAGCUAUGGGAAUUUCAGCUUGCAGAAUACUGAUGGAUGCUCUGCUGACUAUGUGGAGAUCAGAGAGUACAACGCCUCAGGCCGCCUACUGGGCCGACAUUGUGGCAAUAACCUUCCUGCUCCCAUGGAGACGUCUGACAGUUUUGCUUAUGUCCGGUUUGUCAGUGACACCAGUGGAAAUGCAGCUGGCUUCCGUCUGUUCUUUGAAGCAAGUGUUGAAGAAUGUGGAGGUGAACUGAAUGCUCCCUCAGGAACUAUCUCCUCUCCCAAUUACCCCAACUUGUAUCCACACAGCCGAGUGUGUCGCUGGGAGCUGGUAGUGUCACCAGACCGCAGGGUUACCCUCACCAUCAAUGACCUGAGACUGGAAGGUUCUGAUACAUACUGCGUAUUUGACUAUGUUGAUGUAAUGAACGGAUUGGCAGUCGAUGCCCCUCACCUACAACGGUUCUGUGGUACAGUACCGGCUGGAACUCAGGUGCGAUCCUCUGGCAACACCAUGGCUGUUGAGUUCCGCACUGAUGCGGCGGUGUCCAGUGGUGGAUUCUUGGCUACGUAUUCCUCUGAUGAGCCUGCAGAAUGUGGCGGUAUCCUGACUAACCCUGAUGGUGGCAACUUCACUUCUCCUGGCUACCUGGUGUCCAACUACAGCAACAACAUCAACUGUGAGUGGCUGAUUCAGAACCCACAGCACAUCAACUCCUCUAUUGUGGUGUUGAUAGAAGACUUGCACCUGGAGGACCAUCAAACCUGUGAAGCAGACUAUCUCCAGUUCCGCUUAGGUGACUCAAAUGGAGAGCUGCUGGGCAAGUUUUGUGGCCAGACAGCUCUUAUACUUCCUAUUGUGGUCUUUACCCCAGAACUCUGGGUCCAUUUCCAGACAGACAACUCCAACGGAGACUUGGGUUUCAAGGCUAAGUACUUGUUUUCCGAAUGUGGAGGCUGGCAGACAGGUGACGGUGGGGUGUUAGCCAGUCCUGAUUACCCUAACCUCUAUCCAAGCCCCAGUCGCUGUGCUUGGCUGCUUGAGGCUCCAGAGGGACACACUAUUACACUAACCUUCACCUACUUUAACCUGGAGUCACACAACACAUGUGGCUGGGAUUCUCUCACUAUCUUCAAUGGAGGAUCCCCAGGUUCUCCCAUUAUUGGUCAGUACUGUGGCACCACCUCCCCAGGAACCAUCCAGUCAGGAUCCAACAAACUGGCUAUAGUUUUCCUGGCUGAUCAUAGUGUGUCCAAAGGAGGAUUUUUGGCCUCCUGGUCUUCUGAUUCUUCAGGAUGUGGAGGGGUGAUCCAUGCUGAUGCAGGAACAAUCAAGUCUCCAAACUAUCCUCAGAACUUCCCAGCCAAUGUGGAGUGUACCUGGAAAAUCAUUGCCCAUGAGGGAAAUCACCUUGAGAUGAGCUUCAGCAGUGAGUUUGAAAUUCCAGACAGCGGCGGGACCUGUGAGAGCAGCUAUAUCAAGGUGUGGUCAGGUCACAGUCAAAUUAGUGAGGCUCUGCUGUCUACAGGCUGUGGCUCUGUGGCUCCAGGGUCCAUAGUUGCUCCAAAUAACAUCAUCACAAGCCGAUUCCAGUCCACUGGAGCCCCUGGCAAAGGUUUCUCAGCCUCCUUCAACACCAGAUGCGGUGCAAACUUUACAGCUGACAGCGGCCGUGUGGUUUCACCAAAUUAUCCAGCAGACUACCCACCCAGAGCCAACUGUAACUACACCAUAGAUGCUGGAGAAAAGACUGUGGUCAUCCUGACCUUUCAGACAUUUCAAGUUGAAGCACAUUCUACCUGUCUGUACGAUGGCCUGAAGAUCUACAGUCUUGCUACAAGUGGCAUUCCUAUUGCUACUUUGUGUGGUACCACCAUCCCAGGGAGCUUCUCCACCUUUGGCCCCAUGUUGCUCCACUUCUACUCUGACUCUGUGAUUACAGACACUGGCUUCAUGGCAGAAUACACAGCUAUUCCAUGUGGUGGUUUCUUUAACAGCACCGCGGGUACAGUGAGCAGUCCGGGGCUGUCCAUGACCAACUAUCACCACAACAUCAACUGUACCUACCACAUAUGGGUCCAAGCAAAUAGAGUAGUGGAUCUUAAGUUUAACACCUUUCAUCUGGAGGCAUCUUCUUCCUGUCAGUUUGACUCUGUGGCAGUUUAUGACGGACCGGACACUCUGUCACCCUUGCUGGGGAAAUUCUGUGGCACAGUGCUCCCACCCAAUCUCCGUUCCUCCACAAAUCAGCUCUUCAUUGUCUUCAGCACAGAUAACACAGUGAAUGGGAUUGGUUGGAGAGCUACUUACAGUGAAACGCUCGGUCCAGCACAGGGAUGUGGUGGAUACCUUUCCAUGCCCAUGGGCAUGUUUGGUUCACCAGAUCCAAAUCUAGAUGGUGUCUAUGAACCAUGGAUGGACUGCCUAUGGACCAUUGAGAUGCCUGUCAACAAGGCAGUCAAUCUGACCUUUGACUCCUUUGAACUUGAGACUUCGACUACCUGCCGCUAUGACUAUGUCAGAGUUUAUGAUGGUGACAACAUGAACUUCCCUUUGUUUGGGACAUUUUGUGGAACCUCUGUCCCUGCUUCCUUCAUAUCAAGUGGAAACUUUUUGGCUGUUCACUUUGUCACUGAUGGCUCGGUACAGAGGCGAGGCUUCAAUGCUACCUACAGAGAAGUACCAUUAAUUUGUGGAGGGACACUGAAUGCCACAUCUGUUGUCCAGACCGUGACGUCACCCUUUUUCCCUAAUGAAUAUCCUCCUUACACCUCCUGUCGGUGGAUCCUGGAUGCUCCAGCCCUAGAAACCAUCAAAAUGUCCAUCCAGACCUUUGUCCUCCAGCCUGACCAGAGCUGCUCUACAAACUAUCUAGAGUUGAAAGACUGGCCUAUGGGAGACUAUGGGCAGUCUCAUAAGCUCUGUCCAUCAGAUGGUCAUCUACCAGACUUUUACAGUUAUGGCAGAACAAUGCAUGUGCAGUUCAAAUCCGACACCUUUGUGACAGGAAAUGGCCUCAGCUUCACUUUUCAAAUUGCCAGCUGUAGCCGAACAUAUGAGCAGGAAUAUGGCUACCUGAAGAGUCCAGGCUGGCCUGACAUAUAUCCCAACAACAUGGAUUGCACCAUCAUCCUAAACGCACCACAGAACAACUACAUCUCUUUCUUUUUUAACAAUUUUGAUGUGGAAAGCCAUAGCGACUGUCAGUUUGACUAUUUGGAGAUCCGUAACGGCAGUACAGCAGACUCACCACUGAUUGGCAAGUUCUGUGGAAGCACUCUGCCAAGCCCUGUCUUCCCACAAUCCAACCAACUCUACUUACGCUUCAAAAGUGACUUUUCGUUUUCUCGUGAUGGCUUUGAUGCCACAUGGACAUCCUCCCCUCAAGGUUGUGGUGGCACUCUAUUUGGAGACCAAGGCUCAUUCGCAAGUCCAAACUACCCUGGAACCUAUCCCAAUAACACCCAUUGUGAAUGGAGCAUCAUGGCACCAAGAGGCCGUGUUGUGACCAUUACCUUUAACCAGAUCAGUAUUGAUGAUCCUGGAGAUUGUCAGAACAACUUCUUGAAGUUGUACGAUGGCCCAGAUACCUCUUCACAGUUUGUUGGACCUUACUGUGGUGUGGAAACCAACAUUGCUCCAUUCACAGCCACUGCCCACCAAGUCUAUGUUGUUUUCCAAGGCCAGUACUCCACCCUGCCUUCAGGAUUCAGACUCACCUGGACCAGCUGAGAGGAUGCUCUCUUUCUUCAUCUCUGUCUCUCUCCCUCACACAUACACCAUUAAUAAAGCUAUUCUAUGUUAUAAU